GCUCUGGUAAUCGAAUAUUUGCUGCCAUAUUGCCCCCCCAAAAAGUGAGGCAUGGGGUGGAAUUUGUGUGCCGUGCAACGUAGGAUUGACAUGAAGUUGAGACUGUAUACCAUCAUCAUCCCAAGAUGGAAUGUCUAGCGGCGUGUAGUUGUCAAGGGGCGCAGCCGCACAUGUAUCAACACAUGUUGACUUGGUUCCUUCCUGCUUGGUUUCUCCUCCGACGCAGUUGUUAUUUUGCUUGCAUUGGAUAUUUGGAGGUUCCAGUGUAUACAGCCAGCCAGAUUGUGUCUUUUCUUUGAUGCUAUUCAAAGAAAGUACUACUCAUGCAACUUACUUCUGACCAUGGGGAGGGACAGGCUUGUCUUCAGGCGGGCAAAGGGUGGAUGUGCAUGGCACUCUCUCGUCAGUUAUUCUACCACUUUCUAUGACCGGGAGCCAAAUAUAAGAUGUCGGCUACAUGCUCCCGAAGCUUUCCAGCCCAAGAUGGUGGCAGCACAACGAUCGAUGAUCAUCCUACGUGGCUGCUCUCUCUCCGCUAUCUCAGCUAUGGAUACAAAGAGGCCCGAUCUGCAGAUUCGCGACUGCUGUGGCAUUAGCGGAAGCAGCGGUGGGUGGGUUGGUGAGAAAAAGGGAUGACAACCGUGACUCACCCUCGAAUGGAGGAGGUUAACAAUGCAUUUGCCAAAAUUUGGGCAUCCAAUUGGACGGAAGAUAUGCGGCUGGAAAAUGAUAACGUCCCUGCACGGUCAGAGUCAGGAAGAUAGAUUUCCACCACCUUCCUCAACUGGGAGCAAGAUAUAGGUGUGGACGUAUGUGCGCCCCAGGCCUCCAAGCCCAGGACGGUAGCAGGGCGGUGAUGACCUUGCGCGGCUUUUUUUUGUUUGCCCUUUCAGCGGUGCGUGAAAAAAGGCCCUGGCUGUGAAUUGGAGACUCCUGUGGUGUUAUCUGCGCAGCAGCAGCUGGGUUGAUAAUGGAAGGGUAUGGCGAGGAACACUGCCCUUGAGGAGGGGAAGGAGGGGGAGGAGGAGGAGGAGGAGGAGGAGGAGGUGAACAAUGCGUUUUUCAAGGUAUGGACAGGUGAUGAAUGGAAGAUGGGGAUCUGGAAAUAUGACCUCGUCCUGUAUGGUAAGAGGAAGGAAGACAAAGACGUGUACAGGCAGGUCUGUCUGCAACAGACCUGUAUGCAAUGGCGGUGACAAAGUGAACACAAUCAUAUGAGCGGCAGGAUGUGUGGAAAGGAGCAACUUGUGUGGUUUCAACGUCUUAAUGUCUGAAAUGGAAACAGCUUUCAUUGCUGACCACUGGCCUUGCGGGGCUGUGGCACGCAUAAUGCCUUGGGUGUCGUGCUGUCUUGGCAAGGUAUAUUUCUCACCCCUUGCGAUUGGUGCUUGCGGUUAUCAAGAUGUUAACCUUGAAGAACAGCCGCCAUCCAUUGGUCUUCAGUUUGUGCAUCCUCGCACAGUGCAGAUGGCGAUGCGGACAGGACGUGGCAGGACUCACAAGCGCACCAAAUGGAUAUGGGUGCUUGCCCCUGUGGCCAAAUGGGGAAUACUCGCGCAUGGACUACUGGUGCAUGGCAUGUCUGGAGUCACAGAGGCAGUAUGGGGAUUCACCACGGGCUUGGUUCCAUGUUUUCCGGAUGAAAUGUGGGGCCUUGCCUAUUGGCUACCGCAGCACGACACGUUUGUGGGCCUCCCAUCAACAGUUGCAAGAAUCCUGCGUUUUGCAGUUUGUCAUCGUCGGAGCGACUGCCAUGGGUUGGGUUGGUUCUCCAACAGUUUUUUUCGCGCAAGAUAGGCGGACAGCACAAGGUAGAGAGAGGGGAAUGCUGGGAGUGGACAGAACAACAGUCUGUAGUCCGACAUGAAUCGCUGCAUCCUUUCAGUCAGCGAAUGUCAACCCGCCCUUCUGAGCACACAACGUUUUGUUAACAAACCCUCCUAUCACGCGUUGUCUGACGCUGAAGUGCCAAGCGGAGUGAGAGGGAGUGAAAUGGAGAAUAGAUAUGACAAGGUGACAGACAGCGUAGAGUAUUCUGUUGGGGCAGAGGUAUAGCACUUUGUGAACCAACCAUCCUAUCAGGUGUAGACUGACGCUGAAAUGCUAAGCGGAGGGAGAGGGAGGGAAAAGGAGAACAGGCAUGACAAGGUAAGUGACUGACAGACAGACAGCAUGGACAGUUGAUUUUGGGCCAGGACGUAUAGUCACAAUCUUUAGGAUCAACCUGAUGGUUGUGGUGCCGCUGGAUGGUAAUUCUGUCAACUUUAUACGUAACGACUCUUGGUGAAUGUUUUCUAGUCCCAAUGCGGGUCGGUGUGGUUCUUGUGUCUUUUACGGGUUCAGAUGGAGUGGAUGGAGACAGCAGAGAUGUUGCUCUCAUAGUAUGGACACAUAAGUUGUCUAUUUGCUUUUUCUCUCUGAGCCCUAGAGGGGGUGCGAAUACCUGAAGAUCGCAGACUGCGCGGGGAAGGACUUAGGAGGCUGAUUGAGAGGGAUACCGCAAAACCACGAUUCGCGGAACUAGGACGUCCACUUUAUCAACAUGCAAUUUGCUGACCACUGUUUUGGAUUAUUAAACCGGGUGGGGGGGGAUGCUGUAGGACACUGUUCUGGUGAUUUAGAGAUUCAACAAGACUAUGAUUGGUUAUCCGCUUCAUCAAUGCGCAGUUUGCUGACCUCUGUGUUGAACUACUCAGCGGGGGGAACACAACCAGUUGUGGUUGUUGCAUAACCUGUUUGUUGGAGAGCCUGGUAGAAGGAGGCUGUGUUGUCGCGGUUUAGAGAUACACAAUAAUAUGAUCAUGAUCAUGACCUUCAUCGAUGUGCAGGGUGGGGACUCCUGUUUUGAGCUAUUAAGUGGCGGGAGCACACCUGGUGGUGGUUGUCGAAUAAGCUGUUUGUUGGAGAGGCUUGCUGCAUUUGUUAUUGGACUUUCCAUGAAUGUGCCUUGCCAAUAAAACAUCAUUUGCUGGCAAAAGAGUGGUUAGUCGGCAGUGUGAGCACCAUUGUGGAGAGAACUUUUAUUAUUUGUUGUUCUUUUACCUGGUGGGCCUGUGGUGAAAGGGACGGCGCUUUGGUCUAGUUGUUGCACAGAUGCACACAUUUUUUCAAUAAAGCUCAUCAUGAUUUGAGUUAUGGUUUAGUUUGUGAUGGGCUUUGCAUUGAGGGCUUGGAUGUAACUCUUGCACCAUCGACAGUGAACCGGAACUGUUCUGUUGAUCAAAGUGCUGAACGCACACCAGCUUCGAGUAAAAUUGAGGCGGCAUU